UCUAACGCCCUUUCCCCACCGGAGGAUUAUAGAUGUGGGACGGGAGCGAUGGAAAGAUGGCGUCGGCUUUGGUACAGAUGUCAUGUUUGUACCGGGGAAGGUUAGCGGUCAGGGCAACUGGCAUCAGGACACUGAUUCCUGGACUGGUCCCGGUACAGUUACGAACCUUCUCAGUGCAGAAGGAGCCGGGCCUGGAGGAGAACCCGUACUACAACAAGUACCAGGACAAAAUCCAGAAGCUGCGCAGUGCCAAACCCCAGGAGUUCAAGGCCCGAUUGGAGAAGCGGCAUGAGUCGCAGAAAGAAGUUCUGGGACACUCCAAGCAGGCAGAGUUUGUCCAGCUGAUGGAACAGGAGCUAGAAAAAAGGGACAAGAUGACCACUGGUGACGGGGCAUCAGGAGGCUUCACCAAGAACAAGACGUUGGGUUCCAUCCUAAACCUGGAGAUGAUCAAGGCCAUGACGAGUGAGGAGAUAGCAGAGCUUUGGAUGAAAUACUAUUCUAGCAAAGACACGAUCAGCGCCGUCAUCCCGUCCCACAUGUAUGAGGUGAUCUUCAACCGCUCAAAGUCCUGCCCCAUGUUUCUGUACGCUCUGCCUCAGAAGGAGGGCUAUGAAUUCUUCGUGGGUCAGUGGUCCAGACAUGAGCUGCACUUCACCUCCCUCAUCAACAUCCAGAUGCUGGGUGAGAACGCCCCCAGUCAGCUGAUCCUCUACCACUACCCCGAGCUGAAGGAGGAGAAGGCCGUCGUGCUCAUGACGGCAGAGAUGGACCCCAAGUUCGUGACCGUCCACCAGGCGCAGUGUUUGGCCAAUCAGGUGCAGCUGUUCUACGGCACGCAGAGGCAGGAGACGUACCGCCUGGUGGAGAUGUUCAACCACCACCCGGCAGACUUCAAACACAUGUCGGUGAUAGCAGAGCUGGAGCAGAGCGGGCUGGGGUCGGGGGCCAGCCCGGGGGGCUCCUGAACUGGACCCGGGCUGUUUAAGAGCUGGAAAGCGAACUGAAAGGAGCAAAAACCGUCUGCGGGAAAUGAUAUGAAGGCAAUUCCCUCCCCUUUAGACUGGAUCAAAGGGACUUUGCUAACUAAGCUGGUGCUAAAAGCCCUCAUAUUUAAGAUUGAAUAAAUCCUAUAGAAACUGGAGGGAUCCAAACCUCUGGUAAUGGUUAAAGGUUCUACAGGCUGGGCCAUAAGUGGGUUUCCUUUUUAAGUCUAAAAUGAGUUACCAGCCUGUGCAGCUUCUGAAGCGAGCAGAGGGCAGAAGUCUGCAGAAAGCUUCGACUUUGGAACUUUUGAAUCCUGUGUGAAUUAUUUUGGCCCAUCUGUGAGAAUAAAACUCAAUGAGGUCUAACCUGUGUGUAAGCAGUAGUUUUAGUUUAAUAAGGUAUGGUUCCCUUUGACCACUUAGAGCAUCUGUCCAGACAUGGUCAUUGCUGUUCUCACACAGUGUCCUUCUCCUUCAGAUGAAGUUUUUACCUGAACAGCUGGCUCUCUGUAGCUGUUUGGUUUGGUCUCUUCUUUAUAGAGGUCCUCACUUUUGAAAAGGCCUAAAGAGCUUCCUGACUGAAUGAAGCCAUAACAAG